AAAAAAAAAAGUCAGAAAAAAGAAGCCAAGCAAGGUCCUUUAGAAAGCCCUUUAAAAGUUUCUUUAGAAGGUCCAGUUCCAAAUCAAAAGCAUCAUUACAUUCCACAAUUUAUUCUGCACAACUUUGCUAUUAAUAAUUAUGAAAGAAAAUUUGUAAUGUCACCAAAUUACCAACAUCAAACCUUAUCGUAUAAGAAAAAUAAGUAUCUUAAUAACGAAAAAGUAAUGCAUGUAGAAAAUGAAUUAUCAUUUCUCGAAAGAAAAGCUUCAAAAAUUAUUCGAAAUAUUUUAGAGAAAUCUCAAAAUGAAAGUCAAAUAGUUUUACUCAGAAAAGACCUAAAUAACCUACGCAAAUUUCUUUUCAUUAUGGGCUAUCGAAAACCUCAUAGAUGUUCUCAGUUUACCAAAGAGAAAUUUGAUUACCCUACUUGGUUGAAGUUAAAAGAAUUCAUGAAUCAGUGCAACUUAAGAAAUGCUCGAGAAGUCUGGCUACAAAAUAUCAUUCAAAUAUUAAAGACUCCGCAUAAAGAAGUAAAAGACAAUCCACUUAUUUUUGAAAUAGAUAGGGAUGAUUACCAACAGCGUAUGUUUGAUUAUUUUCUUGUAAUUUGGCAAGCAGGAGAAAGUGAUGAAUUUUUAAUGACAAACAACGGAUUUGGAAUCUUUGAAGGAGUGUCUGAAGAACUUACCAAAGGAUUGCCUUUUCAAUUUGCCUACCAUUUUUUUUAUGUUAUCUCUCCAAAGUUAGUAUUAGUCCUCUGUCAUUCAUCAUUCCGGCAAGGAUCAGAAGAAUUUCAAAAAUAUUUUUUACAAGAGAAAAUGGGAUUUAGCCACUCCAUAUUUGAAAAUGUCCCCCAUCCAACAGCAACACCAAACUAUGUUAGUCAAAAAUUUUCACCUCAGUGCACUCAUAGCUCUGGCAUGCAAUUUGACAUAGCUAUGAAUAGUAUCGGUCUCAGAAGGCGUAAUAAUGUCACAUUUACCUUUCCAUUUGUCAAAAUCACUUCAUCUGCUGUUCAUCUCGUAAACUCUAUCUUACUCAAUGAAACGCAUGAACAAGAUCUAAUUGUGUCUUUCAUUUCUCCUUCGUCUCUUUAUAAGACAAUUGUUAAAUAUCAUACAAAACAUAAGUACAUUGGUAUUGCUCAGAACUUUUCUAAUUUGAAAAGGAAUUUGUUUAUGACUUUAAACAAAACCCAUGAAGAAGAUUUGUGCCUUCGAAAAAAAAUCCUAGUUGAUCGCUCAGAUUUAGUCAACUUCCGUAAUAUUUGCACUUGCAUUUGCGCUAUAGUCAGAGUUGGUAAUGAAACCAAUGAAAUUUAUCCAUUGAUUUCCAUCCGAACUUUUUUUUCUCAAUGGAUAGCAAAAUUGCCAAUCUUG